AACGUCUGCAGUCAGCUGAGCGAUUCACAUGACAAGUGGUUUUUCCAGUUUCGGCCAAGAAGUUUGAACACUUUAGUGCAGAUCAAGAGGACCUAUUUAACGUUGUAAAGGGCAGCAUGUUAGUAGUAAUAUCCGUGUAGGAUUUGAACAUGAAACACGGUACAAAAAGCUAAAUAUGACUGUAAAACCCACACUGUGAGAGCAGGAGCUAAUGUUAGCGAAGCUUGGACGCUGUUGACUCCCAAGUAUAUUUAGCGGCACUUCCUCUUAAAUAAAUCCUCCCAAACCUCAGACAAAAUGACGCCGGAGGGAAAGAAGCUGCUCAACAUCGUCAUCCUGGGAUUCGCCUUUAUGUUCAUGUUCACCGCGUUUCAGACCUGCGGCAACAUUGAGCAAACGGUCCUGAUCAGUUUUAACGGCACAGAUUUCCAUGGCACCGGAUACACCAGUAUGGCCAUUAUUUACGGCGUCUUCUCGGCCUCAAACCUCAUCUCUCCUUCUGUUGUCACGGUGAUCGGGCCCCAGCUCUCCAUGUUCUUCAGUGGGCUGCUCUACAGUGCUUACAUCGCCAUGUUCAUUUACCCCUUCACCUGGACCUUCUACACGGCGUCGGUGCUGGUCGGGAUCGGAGCAGCAGUUUUGUGGACGGCCCAAGGAAACGUUCUGGCCACAAACUCCAGUGAGACCACCAUCGGGAGGAACAGCGGAAUAUUCUGGGCCCUGCUCCAGUUCAGUUUAUUCUUUGGGAACUUGUACAUUUACUGCGCUUGGCGAGGACAUGACCACAUCACUGAUAAAGAUCGUAAAACCGUCUUCAUCUCGCUCACUGUCAUCAGCCUGGUCGGAUGCUUCCUGUUUUUCCUGAUCCGAAAACCGGAAUCCGAGCCCUCCUCUUCCUCUGACGUCACAGAGUCUCUGCUGCAGACAGAGUCCGACGACAGCAGCGCCUCCUCCAGUUCUUCACAUUCUGGAUUGUGCUCACAGGCGUUGGAUGCUUUUGUGAACUCUUGUAAACUGUUUGUGACCAAAGAAAUGCUGUUGCUCAGUAUCUGCAUCGCCUACACAGGUCUGGAGCUGACCUUUUACAGUGGAGUCUAUGGGACCAGUAUUGGAGCCAUGACUCGGUUUGGGACCGACGCUAAAGGACUCAUCGGACUCUCUGGGAUCUGCAUUGGAGCCGGAGAGAUACUCGGGGGCGGAGUGUUCGGCAUGAUGAAUAAGUGUACCCGUUUUGGGAGGAACCCUGUGGUGCUCUUAGGGCUGAUCACUCACUACCUUGCAUUUUACCUCAUAUUUCUAAACAUCGCUGAGGACGCUCCUGUGGCACCAGAGGCAGGGACCGACCUGCAGGCCUUUAUCACACCCAGCGUUGGCGUGGCAUUGCUGUGCAGUUUCCUCCUGGGUCUCGGGGACAGUUGUUUUAACACUCAGCUCCUCAGCAUCAUCGGCUUCAUGUUUAAAGACAACAGCGCUCCAGCUUUCGCUGUCUUCAAGUUUAUACAGUCCAUUAUGGCCGCCAUAGCCUUCUUCUACAGUAACUACUUCCUGCUCCACUGGCAGCUGCUGAUCCUGGUGGUGUCCGGGUUCCUGGGCACGGUCACGUUUUUUGGGGCCGAAUGGGUGGCAGAGGCCAAACGCAGAAACUCGGACUACGACAGCAUCUAAACCCAGUCUGUAAUGCCUGUGCUGUCCUGUAGGGGGCGUAUGUGCUCUCAGAGGCUUUCGACCAACCAGAACAGCGCUGUGUAUGUGAUAACUUUAUGAACUUUACUGACUGAGCAGGUCUCACUGACAGAAGACAUGAGCACUGUUCUGUUGGGGCUUUUCCAAUAUGUUGUGUUCACAUUCAAGAAUUAUCAUAGUUUCAGAUGGAGAGGUAACACUAUGAGAGAGUCACAGUUUUUGAAAGAAACUCCAAAAGAUCCUCAAAAGUUGAACCGUCUCAUUAUUAGUUUGGGAUCGGCUCCACAAACUUGUCAUAUUAAUCUCAUGGUUUAAAAUCCUUUCAACUGACGACAAUCACGUCUUUGGGGUUGAAUAAUUGCACCACUUUAUGAAGCUAUUGUGAGAAAAGAAAUCCCUUGUUAAUUUACACUGACAGAGAAGACACUUUUGUUUCAUGAGGAUAGGCCCAGUGAUUACAGAGAUAUUAACCAUAAACCAAGGCAAAGGUAACACAUUUGCAGUCUAACAGUUACACAGCAAACUCCACCAUAGAUUUCUGACUCGAAUCGCUUUUCUGAAAUACUAAGCUGGAGACAUUUCUUAAACGUCACAUACUCUGCUCAUUUUACUUUCGAGCUGUUAGCCACAUUAUAAAGAUGUUGCCAGUUAAAGGGACUGCACCUAAUUUUUUCGUGUCAUAAAGUAACAUUAGUUUUGCCCCAGUGCAGAUAUAUUAUCAAAGCAGCUCUUAGGGUCAAAUUGAGACCACUCUGUGCUGUCUGCAUCGAAUUAUAAAGCAUUUUUAUCCUUGGUGAACCAGGAAGAAACGCUGAUGCAAGUUGCUGUUAGCCUACUAGUUGCACUACUACUAGCAUUACUGUGAUGGCACUCUGAAAUUUGUGAAAAGCACUUAUAAACUGAAGAAUUAGUUAAGUGAGGAAUAACUUUGAACCUCUGCAAACUGUUUUAAAAUGUGGAAAAACAGAACUAGGUCAUUUUAAACAGUAGAAAUCAGGUAUAUUUCUUUAAACUAUCUAGAAAACUGUACAUUCAGUCUGGUGAGUUCCAAACACUCUUUGACCUCUUUAGGUGGUGAUUUUACCCAUUUUUGGUCAACUAAUCGAUGCACAGGGGAUUUUACUUGACUAUAUAUUUCUUUUGUUGAACACAACCUUGAUUACUUGCUAGUUGCCUUUUGAAAGUUAAUUUUAGGUAACUGAAAUAAUCAUACAAAUAUUUUUAUCUUAAAGGGCCCUAUAUAUAUAUAAUAUGCUAUUUUCUGAUCUAUUAUAAUAUUGUUUCCUCAUCAUAAAUAUUCCUGGAGUUGUGUUUUGUUUCAUUCACACAUGUUUUAACACGCGUUCUACUCUCAAACAGAAAAAACACUGUUCCACCUUGUGAUGUCAUGUGGUAAUGCAGAAAGUGCUCCACUGUGUUUUUAAACUCCAAACACCUUCACUAGAAUCAUCUGGAUAAUUUCACCUCUGAAAUUUCCCAUCUCUACUGAACAAAAGGUAAAAGGAGCUGUUAACUUGAACUACCUCUUCAUGACAUCACAAGGUGGAACAAAGUAUUUUGAGCUUUGGAGAUGUAGACAGACUAAUAAUAAAGAGUUACUUAAACAUGCGUGGAUGAAAUAAAACAGGUAUGUUUUUGAGGAGGUAACAGCAUUAUAACAUGGCUUAAAUCUCACAAGAGUUCUUUUUUUUUUAAAUAUAGGACCUUUAAGAUUAAUUUCUGAGUCUUGAAUGUUAAGAUGCCAAAAGAAAGAUAAAAUGGCCUGAAUAAUGCAGAAUAUAAGACAUUUAAACCAAGUUGCAGAAGUGCUGACAUUUUUCACAACAACUGUUUUAGUUUUUGCCUUGUGAAUCAGAAAUGUGCGGUGAGCAAUAUCCCCACUAGAUGUCGCCAAAACCACAGAUUGCAGUUUACACUUAUCCUUAUUAAUUCAGAGUUUGAAUCGCCUCAAAUCUGCUGUUACUUUGAUUUACUUCACACUGAGCCACAGCCUAUAAUGCACAAGCCUUAAUGUAAAUAGUGUAAUGAUGAGUGGAGGGCUACACGACAUAUCGCAAAAUUAUUACCACAAUUUCACAGGAAACUAAAUAUAUUACAUUAACUGAGACGAUUAUGCCAGAUUAGUUAAAUGAAGUGUAAAUUUCCACUUUAUCUUGAAAUAAUUAAAAUUACUCAAUAUUCCACACAUUUUGCACUGCUCUGCCCUCGCUAAGAGAAUGUUUGUAGAUGUAGGCCGAUGUUUGGUCUGCUGCUGUGGCCGAUAACCGAUACUUGGCGAUAGCGAUAUUUAGCGUGGAAGUUCCUGUUAUUUGCUGGAGACACUUCUUUGGGUGGUUUAGAAUUAAGUUAUUGUAUCUCUUUAAAGAUGCACAGUGUAACUUUUCUAGUGGAGGAUCUGCAACCAGUUUGUUUCCAUGGAGAUACUAUUGCUUUUCUGCAUAAAUUUAAAUCAUAACAUACUGUAAAUAAGUAAUUUAUUCAGUUCGAGUUGUAAAAAAUAGCUUAAAGACAUGCCUUUUUACUGUAGGCUGGCUCGGCUCUCCACAGAUCAGACCUGUAACUUGGCCUGGUGGCACCACCUGCUUGUCUCCGGAGAUAGAUAAUACCAUACUAUGGAACAUUCUAUGCUUAUGUUCCAUAACUUCCCUAUGGAGACAAGCAGAAAAGUUUCACAGUGCACCUUAAGGGAAUAUCUGAGGGUUCUAAACUAAUGUAAACAUAUGGAUCAUAAGGGACGUGUUAUAUAAAUAUGAUUUUAUACUUGAAUUAUGCAUGUUUUAUUGUUAAUAAAGUUAUUUUCAACAUUAUUCACUC